UCCCAAUGAAGGCCUGGCCGGUUGAUCCACCCAAUGAAGGCCUGGCUGUCAAUACACCCAAUGAAGGCCUGGCUGUCGAUCCACCCAAUGAAGGCCUGGCUGUCUAUCCACCCAAUGAAGGCCUGGCUGUCGAUACUUCCAAUGAAGUCCUGGCUGUCAAUACACCCAAUGAAGGCCCGGCUGUCGCUACACCCAAUGAAGGCCUGGCUGGCAAUACACCCAAUAAAGGCCUGGCUGUAGAUAUGCCCAAUGAAGGCCUGGCUGUCGAUACACCCAAUGAAGGCCUGGCUGUAGAUACAACCAAUGAAGGCCUGGCUGUAGAUACACCCUAUGAAGGCCUGGCUGUCGAUACACCCAAUGAAGGCCUGGCUGUCAAUACACCCAAUGAAGGCCUGGCUGUAGCUCCACCAAAUGAAGUUCUGGCUGUCGAUCCACCCAAUGAAGUCCUGGCUGUCGAUACGCCCAAUGAAGGCCUGGCUGUCUAUCCACCCAAUGAAGGCCUGGCUGUCGAUACUUCCAAUGAAGUCCUGGCUGUCAAUACACCCAAUAAAGGCCUGGCUGUAGAUACGCCCAAUGAAGGCCUGGCUGUCGAUACACCCAAUGAAGGCCUAGCUGUAGAUCCACCCAAUGAAGGCCUGGCUGUCGCCACAACCAAUGAAGGCCUGGCUGUCGAUACACCCAAUGAAGGCUUGGCUGUCGAUACAACCAAUGAAGGCCUGGCGCUGUUGAUCCACCCAAUGAAGUCCUGGCUGUUGAUCCACCCAAUGAAGUCCUGGCAGUCAAUAUACCCAAUGAAGGCCUGGUUGUAG